AUGCUUCAGUCCGGCCUUCAAUUUGCUGCUGCGCGGCAGAGCGCUUUGCGCAUGGCUCUGAACCGAUCGCUGCCUCGGACAUAUGCAACUAUCAGACGUUCUAACGAGACCACCGCCAGCCCGAAAGAACUCGCUGAGAACCCCGAGAGUCAAUCUGCUAUCUUGCGAGUCUAUAAGCCCCGAACGCCUGGUGUGAGACAUCUCAAGCGACCUAUCAACGAUCAUCUCUGGAAAGGACGACCUUUCCUUCCCUUAACAUUCCCUAAGAAGGGCCAAGCAAAGGGUGGCCGAAAUGUGUCUGGUAGAAUCACCGUGCGACACCGAGGUGGUGGUGCAAAGAGAAGAAUAAGAACGGUUGACUUCCUCCGCAACCGACCAGGACCUCACCUGGUGGAACGCAUUGAAUACGACCCAGGACGGAGUGCGCACAUUGCUCUCGUCACUGAGAAGGCUACCGGACGUCACACUUAUAUUCUUGCCGCUGAUGGUUUGAGGUCUGGGGAUAUUGUCCACAGCUACCGUGCCGGUAUUCCUCAAGAUCUACUUGACAGCAUGGGCGGUAUUAUCGAUCCCGGUAUUCUAGCUGCGAAGACUGCCUUCCGUGGUAAUUGUCUACCUAUGCACAUGAUUCCUGUUGGGACUACAGUAUUUGCUGUGGGGUCCGCAGCUAGACGUGGCGCCGUAUUUUGUCGUAGUGCUGGCACCUCAGCUGUGGUUGUCAACAAGAACGAGGAGACGAAAGACGACGGUACUAGGGUCAUGACCGGCAAGUACGUUGAGGUUAGACUCCAGAGCGGUGAAGUUCGACGAGUGAGCAAGGACGCUUGUGCGACCAUCGGCGUUGCUAGCAACAUUCACCACCACUAUCGCCAGCUGGGCAAGGCUGGACGAAGCCGGUGGCUCAACAUUCGACCUACCGUCCGUGGUGUUGCCAUGAACAAGGUCGACCAUCCUCACGGUGGUGGUAGAGGUAAAUCGAAGGGUAAUCGUCACCCUGUCUCUCCUUGGGGUGUUCCCACCAAGAGUGGUUACAAGACCCGACGUAAGCACAACAGAAACAAGUGGGUUGUGGUACCUCGACCUCGAAACAACGGAAAGCGCCGAGACAAGGCCAAUUAA